AUGCUCAAUCCCAAGGCCGCCGGUGCCGUCGACGUCGCCGAGCUCCCCUUCUCAAGCGCCGACCAUGGCCUCCCCCUGGAUGCCGAGAACACGGACGCCCUCCCUUACCAUCUCAUUAUCCGCCUCUUUGAAGCUUGCGAGACCCUCGAGCCCGCCUUUGAGAGCGCCUCGUCUCCGAUAAUGCCCGCAAUGAUGGCCGCCUACCGCUUUGCAUCAUCGCGGAAGGCUUCUAUGGCUGGACAGGGUUGGUGGCGGAGAGGCUCGGCAUCCAUCACGUUGUAUUCAAUACCGGUGGGGCCUUCGGCACGUUGGGGUUCACAUCCACAUGGUUUCACCUGCCCCAUGUGGGGACUGACGCCGACGAGUUCCCGGUCUCAGGAGCUGGUAAUGGGGCUGGAGUCGAGUGGUGCAAGAUUCAUCUUGGUGGUCAGACUGCCCUUGGAGUUCCCCAUAACCGCUGAGUUCAGAUCAGAGUGGCUUCCGGAGGGGUUCGAGGAGGGGGUGAAAGAUCGCGGCCUGAUCAUCACGGGGUGGGCGCCGCAACUGAUGAUCCUUUCGCACAAGGCAACCUGUGCUCUCCUGAGCCACUGCGGGUGGAACUCGGUAUUGGAGAGCCUAAGCCAAGGAGUUCCUCUCAUUGGAUGGCCCAUGGGGGCCGAGCAAUUCUUGAACUCCACCAUGUUGGGGGAUGAAAAAGUUGGGGUUUGUGUGGAGGUGUGGAGAGAGAAGGUGGCGAGAGUGGUGGCGGCGGUGGUGAAAGGGGAGAAGGGGUCGGAGAUGAGGAGAUAG